UGGAUUAUUCGCAAUGUCAAAAUUACUCGUUAUUUCAACGGAAUUUACAGUGUCAAACAUGUUCAGGAAUUAAAUGCAAUAAAUCGGAAGUGACAAGCUGUCCAGGAACAGAGCCUGUAUGCCGAUUCGCAAUAUCAAUGAACGGUGCUAAACUGAAGACUGAAAGGUCCUGCAGCACAUACAGAAAAUGUGUUGAAGCUAUGAGAAACAAUACCCUUACAUGCAAUAAACGGACGAAUGGCACGUCUUGUACUGGUUGUUGCGUCGGACACUUAUGUAACAAGAAUGAUUUCAUUGGCUGGACCAAAUCCCUCGUAUUUCGUUUGAUUUUUAAAAAGUUCAACGAAUAUAAAAUCCCUGCUGAGAACAUAUCAAGAGCCAUUGAGCAUGACCUUUCAACCGUGACGGGAACAUUAGAGUUGAAGACUGUGG